UUCAUGGCGCUCACGAGCUCCGAGUGCCGAAUCAUCAGCGCGAAAAUAUCUAUCAAAACAUAAUUUUAUUUCGUGAGAUACACAGGAUACUUUGCCUUAAGUAGUAGUAAUUAACGUAAGCGUGUCUGCUGACGAUCCAAAAUGAUUAUUACGCUUAAAAAUCUUCAACAACAGACGUUUACCGUCGAGAUUGACCCCUCGAAAACGGUUAAAGAAUUGAAAGACAAGAUCGAAGUUCAGAAGGGUUUUCCGGCUCAGCAUCAAAAACUCAUAUACGCGGGAAAAAUAUUGACCGACGAGCAGCCUUUAACUACCUAUAAUAUUGACGAAAAAAAGUUUAUCGUGGUUAUGGUAACGAAACCUAAGGCUGGCGCUGGUCCAAGCACUAGUGAGGAACAGCAUGCUGAUGGUGACAAUAACAAAGAACACACAGCAGCUAGCCCAGCAACCUUGACUACGACUCCUACGGCUGCAGAAGAUGUUCGUCCCCGACCACCACCAGUUGUGCUUGACCCACCUGCAGCAGUGGCACCUACUGGAGCUCAGGCAGAAAGUGCUUUGUUGAUGGGAGAAGAAUAUAAUACAAUGGUCAAUAAUAUUAUGGAUAUGGGGUACGAUCGAGAGCAGGUUGAACAAGCAUUAAGGGCAAGUUUCAACAAUCCUGACAGAGCAGUAGAAUAUUUACUCACUGGUAUUCCAGCUCAGCUGUUUGAGGACCCACCUGAAGACCCUCCUGAAGCCCAGGACCAGGCUCAGGAUCCCUUGGCAUUCUUACGCACCCAACCACAGUUUCAGCAAAUGCGCCAAGUGAUUCAACAAAAUCCGCAAUUACUAAAUACUGUACUGCAACAGAUUGGACAGACCAAUCCAGCCCUACUGCAAUUGAUUUCACAGAAUCAAGAAGCCUUUGUUCGCAUGCUUAACGAACCUGUUGGUGCUACCGGCGGAACAGUUCAAGGAACGCCAGCAGCAGCGGCUGCGGUGGCCCAAGGAGGACUUACAGGUGGUACGGGUGCCGUUGCUGGUAUUGGUGCUGGUGCUGGGGCAGGUGUGGGCGCAGGUGCAGGUGCGAGUCUUGGAGCUGGAGUGAUUCAGGUGACGCCACAAGACAAAGAAGCAAUCGAAAGGCUGAAGGCACUGGGAUUCCCUGAACAUCUUGUUGUUCAGGCUUAUUUUGCAUGUGAAAAAAAUGAAAACCUAGCGGCUAACUUUUUACUGUCGCAAAAUCUCGAUGAUUGAGAACCCAUACUUAGGGGACUGUGUGUCACAGAGUUAACAGAUGCUAGAGACAAGAAUCAACACAAUGGCUAUGUUGUCAAUUAAUCUCAUCAUGCAUCUAAUCCAUGAAUGGCUUUGUUGCUAACAAUUCUCUGGAUGUUGCAGACAAAACAGCCAUUCUCAUGUAACGUCCUUUGAUAAAUAUAUUUCUCUUUCAUCUAGAGAUAAGGGAAGUAUAUUAUGUAAAUUUCUUAUUUUGAAAAGUAACAUUUCAAGUAGUAAUCUUACAUACCGAUAUUGAGUCUUUUAUUACUUUAGAAGAAAAAAAAUUGAAAAUGUUUUUAGUAGUUACUUUUUUCACUAGUUAGUUCGGUGGCUCUGUUAUAAUAUUUUAUGUGUACAAUGCAAUACAACUUUUAAAAAUUUAUAAGAUAAUACACCUUAAAAUAGACGUUGAUGUGAUACGUCUAUAUUAUCGGUUGUAUAAUAAUACAUAACACUUCUGAAAAACGAAUAUUAAUAACAGAGCCAAAACUAACAAAUUCCUAAAGCUAACAGUCCAGAUUAAAUUUAAUAAUACAAAGAGAAAAUUCGUAAUUCGAGACUUAAUUUUCUCGUAUAAUGUUAUUCACAGUCAAAGAAUUGAAUUUUAUUUAUGCAUAGUCAAACGAUAGAAAUUCUUUUGCUUUGUAUACUAUAAAUUGCGAACCAAAAAUGUAGUAAUAACAUUUUUCGAGGACGGAUGAUAAGAGUGACAAUUUAAGAUAACUAGAAUUUGUUUAAUCUUGUUUAAUAAAAAAGUUAGCCAAACUGUUGCACAAAGUUCAAUAUACUCCUUUAAUUUGUAGAUACAAUUGACGCCAUAAUACAAUUGGGCAUUUUCUUAGAGAUGUAGCAAUAUACCUGCGCACAAAACUUUCAUCGUCCAACGAAGCUUGUCGAAACAUCGGCACAGAAUCGUCGAACACCUUAGUGGGCUUAAAUACACAUGGGUAACAUAAUUCGCUACAAUGUGAUAAGAUGUUACUAGGGAGAAACUGAGCUGAAAUUGUAAAUUCGAAUAUCCACUUUGGCCACAAAUUUUUUCACUUAUGGUGUUUCUCUUAAAACUUCUUAUACACCGUUGUCUCUAAAGUCAAGUUACUCUGUGACGGUCACAAAAUUAAGUUUUCAUACCAAGAGAUGGUGAAAUUGCAUUUUUGUAUAGGAAAAACCCGAUAAAAAUAUAUGGUGUGUGUGUCUAUAUUCAUAGACAUACAUAUAUGCAAAUACACAGAUGUAUAGACUCACGAGAAAGAAGUGGAGCUUUUUUGAAAUGUAAGGUUCAAAAAUGAAUACCAACUAGCAGCCAUUACAGUACGCAAUACUUUCUUCAUACAAAAUCACAACACCAACUAAACUAUUGCCUACAAAGAAAUCACAAGGUUACUAAAUUAGUUGGAGGUGCCUCAUUUGCUUAAAUGGAAAUAAAAUUAUUAAUUAAAUUAAAUAGUCCGCAUAUUGCAUUGCAAUUGGCCAAACAAUAAUUGCGAAUAAAUUUUUAAUGUGAAGUUAUGAGACCUUUUUACGGCAAGUCUUGGUAUAAUGAUGGGGCGGAUGGAAAAGAAAUUGGACUACAAAUUUGUUUUUUGAUAAAAAUACAGUACAGGAUUGUGCGUAAACGUUGACAAUUGGCUGCAGUUUCUUGACUUUACACGUUUACCUUCAUCGUUUUGUACGUAUUAUUACUGUCUUACAAAAAAAAUUAUACUUUCUCCAAUUUCAUAAAAAUUAUGGCAGUUGAUUUAUGAUAAUGAUAAGAAUACUUCUGUUAUGACACACCCAAAACACCUUGUAAUACUUACAUAGCAUAAAUAAAUAUGUUAAGAUUUUCAAAAACGUUUGGUGCUUUGUAUACUUUCAUCCACAUACCGUUGUUUAUUUUUAUUAAUUUUAUUAUUAAUAGUUUACGUAACACGUCUAACAAGUAUAAACAUAAGAUACGCUCUCAAUUCCUGCAGAAAUUGAAACUUAGCAAGAGCAGUGCAUUGGACGGAAAUUAGAUGAACAAUUCUGUGCCUAAUACUUCUAGAAAAUUAUGAAGCAGUUAUUUAUUUUAUUAUUAUUUGAUAUUACACAUGAAAGGCGUAUUUACUGGCAGUGUGCGUGAUACGACUGAUGAGCAAAUUAUUAUAAAACCAGGAAAUAAUUGAGUUUCAAAUUUACCUGAUUCAACCCUUUGUUUUCCAUAUUUUACGAAAGUCUAACAUUGCCAAAACUUGCUGAAUGUGUUCCAAAUAAUCUGCAAUAUCGAAGAUUCGAAAUAUGAGUAUUUUGAAUAAUUCCAGAAUUUAUUUUGUGUUAGUUUGUUUCACAUUGAGGUUUUUGAAUAUUAGAUAGUGUAAAAUGGUUCUGUGCGGUUGGACUGAAUGCAUGAACAGUU